AUGAGCACACCUACUAGCUUUGAAAGUUAUGAACCACAACAAAACAGAGCUUUGUCACCAAGAACUACUGCAGCAGCAAUGAGAAAUCCUUCGCCAAGUUCAAAUGAAGGUGAUGACGAAUCGACCAUUGAUAUUAAUAAUCACCACAGUAGUCAACAAUUGCCAAAACUCAAAAAUGGUAGUAUGAAAAGCAGAACUCCUUCAAAUGAUGUUGAUGGAAGUAAUAGUCAGUAUCCAUCUGACUAUGUAGAUAAUGAUUUCAUGAUGGAUAACGAAUACAAUGAUUAUGAAGAGUUAAGGAAGGCAAUAAUAGUGAAGAGGAGAUUAUCUAGUAUCAAACGACCUCAUGGUCCAUAUAUUGAUGACCAACUAGCGAUAAAUAAAAACUCAAUCAUGCGAUUACCAACUGAAGUGUUGUUGCAAAUAUUCCAUUACUUGGAAAGAAAAGACUGGUACCUACUUGCAACAACAUGUAGUGAAAUUGCUGAUUUGAUUAUAGAAAUGUUGUGGUUUCGUCCAAAUAUGCAAAAUGAUACAUCGUUCAAAAAGAUAAGACAAGUAAUGGAGAUCAACCGAUUCAAAACUCAUUGGGAUUAUCGACAAUUUAUCAAGCGUUUGAAUUUGUCAUUUAUGACAAAACUAGUUGAUGAUAAGUUGCUCAACUUAUUUGUUGGAUGUCCCAAAUUGGAGAGAUUGACAUUGGUGAAUUGUGCCAAACUAACACGUACUCCGAUAACCAAUGUACUUCAAGGAUGUGAAAGACUACAGUCUAUUGACUUGACGGGGGUCACUGAUAUCCACGACGAUAUUAUAAAUGCAUUGGCAGAUAACUGUCCUAGAUUACAAGGAUUAUAUGCACCAGGAUGUGGCAAUGUAAGCGAACCAACUAUCAUUAAAUUGUUGAAAGGUUGUCCCAUGUUGAAGAGAUUGAAGUUUAAUUCGAGCACGAAUAUAACUGAUGCUAGUAUUCAAGUCAUGUAUGAAAAUUGUAAAGCGUUGGUUGAAAUUGAUUUGCAUGGUUGUGAAAACGUCACUGAUCAGUAUUUGAAACGUAUCUUUUUGGAAUUGACACAAUUGAGAGAAUUUAGAAUUAGUAGCGCCCCUGGCAUUACUGAUAAACUAUUUGAAUUGAUUCCUGAUGGACACAUUUUGGAGAAACUAAGGAUUAUCGAUAUCACUGGAUGUAAUGCCAUAACUGAUCGAUUGGUGGAAAAAUUGGUGGUUUGUGCACCUAGAUUACGAAAUGUGGUUUUGAGUAAAUGUAUGCAAAUAACUGAUGCAAGUUUAAGAGCAUUGAGUAAACUUGGCAGAAGCUUGCAUUAUAUCCACUUAGGUCAUUGUGGAUUGAUUACAGAUUAUGGAGUGGCAGCGUUGGUUAGAUAUUGUCAUCGAAUACAAUAUAUUGAUCUCGCAUGUUGUUCACAAUUGACUGAUUGGACAUUGGUUGAGCUUGCCAAUUUACCAAAAUUGAGAAGAAUUGGAUUAGUUAAAUGUUCAAUGAUAACGGAUUCAGGAAUUUUGGAGUUGGUCAGACGUCGUGGCGAACAAGAUUGUCUUGAGAGGGUACAUUUAUCUUAUUGUACAAACUUAAACAUCGGACCCAUAUAUUUGUUACUCAAGAGUUGUCCUAAAUUGACUCAUUUAUCUCUAACUGGAAUUUCAGCAUUUUUGAGAAGAGAAAUCACGCAAUAUUGUCGUGAUCCACCGCCAGAUUUCAACGAACAUCAAAAAUCAUUAUUUUGUGUCUUUAGUGGCCAUGGUGUUAACCAAUUACGCAAUUACCUAACUCAAGUAAUGGAAGAAAGGACUUAUCAAAUUGAACAAGGUGAUAUUCAUGCAUUGUUUAAUGAAAGAAGACGUAGAUUUUUGAAUGGUGAAGCUGAACCUGGUGAUGCAGGAGAAGCAGAAGGGGGGGGAGAAGAAGAAUUAAAUGUAUGGGAACGAAGAUUCCCCAUAACUAGAUGGGGUGACAAUAAUAAUGCAUUGAAUCAAGAGAUGGUUGAAAUUAAUCGUGAAAUUUUUAGAGAGUUGAAUGAAGGCAAUAUGGGUCCUGAAGAAAUGAGAGAGCAUUUUCAACGAUUGAUUCGUAAUCAUCAUCAACAAAGAUUGCAGGAACAUAAUGCUAGAGCAAGAGCUAAUCAGAGACAGGCUGAGGCUCCUCAGCAACAGCAACCGAGGACUGCGGUACAACAACAACAGCAACAACCAGAAGAAGCACCACCCCAACCACCUCGUCCACAGCAACAACAAAAUGCUACACCUCAGCAGAUGUUCCCACCUACAAAUUUCCCCAAUGACACCCAAUUCUUCCAUCAAAAUACUAAUCCACAAAAUGCGCCACAAAUUGAACAAGCUCCAACUUUUCCUAAUCGUGCUCAACAACAACAUGAUCAACAGCCGCUACCCGGAUUUCGCAACCAACGACAGCAGCAGCAGCAACAACAACAAGCGCAACGGACCAAUUAUCAAAAUCUUGAUGAUACUGUAGUUAUUGGAGAUCGAGGGCUUACUGAUACCGUAGUUAUUGGAACUCCAAAUCUUGCUAAUAUGGUGGUUAUUGAAAAUGGCGGCGAAGAAGAAGAUGUCGAAAUGGUUGAUGCAGAAACUGGAACCAGGACAGGAACUGUGACCGAACUUGGCGAUGGCAAUUUGUUUCCAAGAAUGGGGUGA